CCGAGGCCCCCCCACGCACACGCUCUGACGGGGCUUCCGCGGCUCCUGAGCCUUGCGUCGCCCCCCUCGGCUCGAGCCCUGGGGACGCUCCCGUGGCAAUGUUUGCAGAGCUUGCCGUACCGAGACAGCUGCCCGGUGCUCGCCGCCCCCUCUGCAAGCCCGUCCGUUUUCUGCUGAUACCGUCCAUAAAGUCCCUGCAGCCCUCUGGCAGCCCACCUCACGUAGGACCGUGUGUUCCCCACGAGUGCAGAAUAACUUGCCACUUAGUUGUGCCGUUCCUUCGCUCCCAUCACUUCUAUAAGGUCACAUUGCCAGCACUCUCAGAAAGACCGCAAGAAUGUACCUAGAUACUGCUACAGCCGUCCUACAGCCCGUCCCACAGCCCUUAGUGUCCAAAAAGUCUAUUCCUUUUGUGUUUGUUUUUUCCUCCCCACAAUCCUGAAUAGUUUUAGAGAUUCUUCUCUAAACUCAAAGACGUGCUUCGUAACUCUGCGUCAUUACAUCCCCCACGUGCCAAUUUAAGCGACUGAGGAUGAAAAGAUGCCCUUUAUUCCUCUUCCUUUCCUUUCCCUGUAUCUUUGCCUGUAACCUGUUACGCAUCCUGCACCCUUUUAGAGACCUCUGGGAACUCUGAGGUUCUUCUGCAAAACCCCCAUAUACCCCUUCCUCUGCAAAACUCCCUAACUUUAGUGGCGUAAUUGGCUUGCUAAACUGGCAGAAACCGAGACAGGAGGAAGUGCUGCCUUGCAUCCCCUGGCGAAUGCCGCAGUAGUGCCCAGCCUGGCAUGACUGUGAUACCCUGCGGAAGGAAGUACCCGACUUGCUGACCAGCUCCUGUGCCCUGCGUGCCAGCGCAGGGCCUCGCUAAUGCCUCCGUAACCUCCAAACUGUCUUCCCAGACUGUCUCAACACAAACAUAACAGGCGCUAAACGUCGUCGUAGACCUAUACGAAGGCGUGAUGGGACUUUUAACUACAGUCCAGAUGUUUAUUGUGCAAAAUACGAUGAGACUACAGGAAUCUGCCCAGAUGGAGAUGAGGGAUACAGAAAGGAAGUAUCAUCUCAGAUAUUACAAGACGGGAACAUGCAUUCAUGAGACAGAUGCCCGGGGUCACUGUGUGAAGAAUGGAAUUCACUGUGCCUUUGCUCAUGGCCCACAUGACCUUAGACCACCAGUAUAUGACAUAAGAGAACUUCAGGCACAGGAAACCUUACAGAAUGGGCAGCUAGGAUGCGGUGAAGGCAUUCCAGAUCUGCAGCCAGGAAUUUUAGCAAGCCAGGCAAUGAUUGAGAAGAUCCUUAGUGAAGAUCCAAGAUGGCAGGACACAAAUUUUGUAUUAGCUGGCUACAAGACAGAACAAUGUACCAAGCCACCCAGACUCUGCCGCCAGGGUUAUGCAUGUCCACACUAUCACAAUAGUCGAGAUAGAAGACGAAAUCCAAGAAAAUUCAAAUACAGGUCCACUCCUUGCCCCAGUGUAAAACAUGCAGAUGAAUGGGGUGAACCUUCAAGGUGUGAAAGUGGGGAUAGCUGUCAAUAUUGUCAUUCUCGUACAGAGCAGCAGUUUCAUCCUGAGAUAUAUAAAUCUACAAAGUGCAAUGACAUGCGCCAAACAGGUUACUGCCCACGUGGUCCAUUUUGUGCGUUUGCACAUGUUGAAAAGGACACCAUGAAUGUAGUCAUACUGCAAACUGGUUGUCAAUCAAAGCCAGGCGCUCAUCUGUUUUCAGCAGACAGCAUAGGAAUUGCAAAUGAAUGGAGCAGCAGUCUUAACUCCACAAACAGCAGUACAAAUAGCAGUGGGCAGUCUGGAAAUAUCUCCUGUUCUUCGAGUCCAACUGUAACAUCAAGUUCUGGUAGCAGUAGUUCUUUAUCGCCCCUUGGACCUCUUUAUAGACAGAGAUCAUUAGCAAAUGGCGUUUUAUGUUCUGAGUCUAGCACAUCAGCUGUUUCUUCACCAACAUCUAGCUAUCCAAAAGCACCGGGCUUCGAACGAGAGGAUCAGGCAAAGCAUCGAACCUUCCCAGCUGAGAAUCAGCAGAAAAUAAAUGAACAAGACAGCAAGCAGGACCAUCUCAGUGUUUUUUCAGCAGUCAAUCCACUUACUUCAAGUAUAACUUCCAGUCUGGCCUCCAGCGUUGGGUCAGACAAUUCACCCCCUGCAGCCGUCUCUGCUGUCAGUGCCAGAGCUCCUCCAUUCUAUUCCGGCAGUGACACCGUUGAAUCGGUUAUAGGUCAAAGAUUACUGGGAAGUUCAGCACCUGUCAAUAUUCCAGGUUCUCUUGUUCGUUCCUCAUCUUUACAUUCGUCAUCGUCCCUCUCAACCUCUCCACUCAGUUCUCUUUCGCAAUCGCUGUCUCAGUCUUUUGUCUCGUCCACUGCGGCUCCUCAGCACCAGCAGCCUCAGCCGCUGAAGACAGAACAUAGCAUGUUAGGCCCCUCAGCCUCUCCUCACAACUCCUUAGGUCUAAAUGGUGUUACAGGGAACAUCUGGGACUUUGUAACUGGGAGUUUCUCUCCUAGUCCCUCUCCAGUACUAAGCAGUGGCACUACCCCCUCAGUAAGUUCAAACACCAGUGGGAACGAACUCACUCGAGUUAGACAGGAACUUGAUGAUGCCAAGAGAAAACUAAAGCAAUGGGAAGAAUCUUGGCAACAAGUAAAACAGGCGUGUGAUGCAUGGCAGAAAGAGGCUCAAGAAGCAAAAGAACGUGCUAACAUCGCAGAUGCAGACAAACAACUCGCUCUUCAGAAGAAGGAGGAAGUGGAAAAUAAAUUAAAAAAGCUGAAGGCGCAGUUAGCUGCUUGUCUAUCGACUACAUUACCUUGUAUGAAAAACUAUGGAGAUAUAGAAAAGGUAUCCUUGCCAAAGCUUCGUUCCUUACAAAAUCGGCUGCACUUAGAUUUAGAAACAAUAGAUGAGGUGAUUUUUCAGCUUCAGUCAAAGAAGUGUAUCCUGUGUCAGGAAGGUGACUGUGGUAUUGUCCUGAAUCCAUGUCAACAUUACGUACUUUGUGAUCACUGUGCAGCUGCACAAGAAGAAUGUCCCUACUGCAAGAAAAAAAAAAAUCUGUGGUAACAUACAGGCAUAGUUCUUGUAUCACGUUCAUUAAUUAAAUAAUUUUAUGGGUUUGUAUUUUGUAUAAGAAUUAUAUCACUCAUAAUUAAUCCAUUUAAUAGUGCUAGACUGAUUUCCAUUUUGAUGUGAGAAACUUGGUUGGUUGAAGAUAGAGAGAGGGCUCGCUCAUCUUUACGUAUCAACAUCAGUCACUUGAUGGGGUUCUGUAGUCUUGCGGUUCUCUCAUUGCCCCCUGAUCCCAUCGCAGCCUUUUCUGACUUCCAUUCACAUACCUAGCGCACAAGCUACUUAGGUCCAUUUACUGUGUAAUCACUUUGUAUAAAUCUUACCAUAAUGCCUGAGUUAAAUCUUUAUACCUGUUGUUUUCAUUAACAGAAGAUGGAUACGUAGGCACAAUAACUCCCCACUCAACAGUACAAACGGUCCCUUGGCCACGUCUGUUGUGUGCGGAACUCCAGAGCCAGUAUUUUGGAAUCGGUCUAACACUAUGUUUACUUGGAUGUUUGAAAAACUCUAAUUAAUAUAAAAGCACUUUUUAAUUAUUGUGUUUUGUUAGAAGAUAUGUUGUAAAUUGCUUCAAGCUGCUUUCUAGGUCUUAUGUUUAUUUUUUAAUAUGCAAUAAUAUGAUGUGUUAUAGGAGUACUGUGAAUUUAAAAUAUUCCACAUGGUUUUCCUGUUAAAUCACAACAUGAUUAAAUAGAAAUGACAACUUAUCUGGUUUUUUUUACAAUUUAUAAGUUAACUGCAUACUGUCGUAUUUAUAAAUGUACCAGCGGAGACAUAACCACUGAGGCACAUGUGCUUUCGUAUUCAAAGACGUGUUUUCAAUUUUGUGAAAUGGAUCAGUUUUAGUAAACAACUGUGCAUUUGCCUAUUUCCCUCAGUUUGGAUGUUUGUGGUCUUAAAGUUUUUGUAGAUCUCCUAACCUGUGUGGUACUCAUCGGGAGCACACAUGAUAUAUAUAUAUAAAAUAUUACCAAGUGCCUAUGCCCCAUAUCCUAUAAAAUGGCAGAAGACAGAAGACAUAAAAAAAGAAUUUUGCAAAUAAUUUCUAUUGCUUAAUUUUGUAUUGAACAAUUUGACAGUAACUAGCAUAUGUCUCUUGCUUUUAUAAAUAUUUAAAAAUACACUUUUUUCAGUAAUGAAGUAAUACACGUUUGAAAGGAGCUACAAAAUUAUUUAAGUAUGUAAUCAGGCAGUGGCACGUUGACACAGUGAUUCUUUUGAAGGGCAGUAGCAUCCUUACUUCAUCCUGGUAGUUAGGAACAUGCAGUUCAGGAGGAGAAGUUAAUUAAUGUCUGCAUGUUAACACUGUAUAUUUUUACUUUUCUUACAUGGAACAACAGCCUGCAUUACUCGCUUUUUCUGUUAAAUCCAAGUGUGACACUGGUACGACUCAGACUGAAAUGACCUAUGACUGUAUGACGUGACUUGCAUUGCCGUAUUACUGUACUCGGUACAAAAAGCGAGUUCACACAGGCAGCAAAGAGUUUAUCUGUUUAAAA